CCAAGCCAGGCAGAAGGGAAAUGCACCUGCAAGAUGCGUCCAGUGGCGACCGGCGCAUUGAAGGCGAUGUUCUUCAUCUUUGCCUCCAUGUGCGCCUGGUACUCGGGGUACCUGCUCGCAGAGCUCAUUCCUGCCAUGACGCUGUCCAGUGCCGUCUAUAGCCUCCGGAGCGUCGGCGAGAGGCCCAUCCUCAAGGCACCAGACCCCAAAAGGCAAAAGUGUGACCACUGGACCCCAUGUCCCCCCAACUCCUAUGCCUACCGCCUGCUCAGUGGCGGGGGCAGAGACAAGUAUGCCAAGAUCUGCUUUGAGGAUGAGCUGAUAUUAGGCGCAGAAGUCUGGGAACGUGCGAGAGGAAUAAACAUUGCCAUCAUCAACUAUGUGACGGGGAAGACGACAGCGGCACAGCAUUUUGAUAUGUAUGGCAGCGAUGGUUCUGGACCGAUGAUCGAGUUCAUUCAGAGGGCAGCUCCCAAAUCCCUGCUGCUCAUGGUGACCCAGGAUGAUGGAAGCAGCCGACUCCAGGCCAAGGCUAAGGAUGUUAUUGAAGCCCUCGGGAGCAAGGAGAUCAGGAACCUGCGCUUCCGGUCCAGCUGGGUGUUCCUUGCACCCAUAGGCUUUGAGCUCCCUCCGGGGAUUCAGCGGGAGAAGAUCAACCACUCUGAUGAACUGAAGAACAGAUACUCCGGCUGGCCGGCAGAGGUCCAGAUCGAAGGCUGCAUACCGGAAGGACUAAGCUAAGCGAGUGUUCUGUGGUCCUCAAU